AUGAAUUUCAAUGUGUCUCGACUUUCUCUGCCUUGCGUACUAGGGGGAGUCUCCUUCGCGUUAACCUCCGUGGUCACCCUUCUCGACGGUUUAUGCUUGACAUCCUUCAAAAACCUCUCGUCUAAUAUUCGCUCAAUCGAAUCUGCCGUUACCGCCCUGGGCGCAGUGAAUUGUGCUGUGCUUGUCGCUGCGAUCUUAUUUUGGCUGGCAGACAGCAACAAUGAGAAUUUAAGGCAAUUGAGCGUGUACCGAAGCCGCGCAUAUUGUAUCCUGAUUAUCUACUUGGUUAUGACUACAGGGGUGACUGCUGGAGGUAUAGCAUGGAGCAACGCACAGAUCAUGAUAGAACAACAGAUAAUGUCACUAGGUCCAAGACAGCGACUAUUGUUGGUGACUCGUACUGUCAUAUGGGCAAUUUCUGUUCUAACUGAGGGUCUCUUUGGUGGGCUUCUCCUAAUGACACUAGCAAAACGGACCAGCCGCAGCAGAUGGUCAACCCCGCUACCUCAUGACCUUGAUGCCCUCCACGAACAGUUAGCUGUAAACAACAGAUUGGAGUCAACAAAGCAGCCGCAACUUGUAGUUGACUCCCCGAAGCAAUCGACAGAUCAAAAGCGGAGCUGUGAUGGUUUGAUCGCGAUCCAACAAUCUACAUCAAGUGCUGCGUCUUUAAUCUCGAAGCGCUACUCAGGCCGAACACUAUACCAACAGGAUUCCAAGCACGGUUCUGUUGACCUCAAUCCACCGGUCGCCUAUCCUGAGUGCGUUGUAAUGCGCAAUACGUUCGAUGGCUGCCCCUACGAACAUAACGAUUGCACUGUGGGGGCUGAUGGUGACUCUAGGUCACGCAAGACACAGGGGAAUAGACCAGAGCUUAGGUGCUCGUUGGAUACUUUGCGACGGCAAUAUUCAUUAAGGAGGUCAUGGGAUACGUCAAGAUCACUUCAGCCAGAGGCUCCUAUCAAGGGUGACCACCCAAAACUAACACUGUCCGAUGAGAGUAAUAUUCAUCCACUUUUUCGCUCUAACAGUCCAACUCCCCCGCCUACACCCAUGCCUGGGACCACCGUUAUCGCAUCUCCGGCGGCUGGACAGACCAUCUCUAUGAAAGCGUUACAUAGGAUGAGAUCGACCAACUCACUCCGGUCUUACACCCCACGAAGUCGGUCACCCCUGUUUGAGCGAAUUGAUCAAGCCGACGAAGAAGUACAUCCAAAGACAGGGCCAGGUAAUGGUCGGUGUGAGCCUAACAAUGACCAGACAUUCGCAAUACCAAAUUUUGUCAUGGCUGCGGAUCUGCGAAGGAGCAUAACACAGUAUGAGAAGAGGUACGAUCUCAUAGAAUCCCCUCAUGAAAGCUAGGAGAUGAUGGCUUCAACUUAAU